AUGGAGAUUGUAGAUCAGUUGAAUGCAUUCCCCGAAGUAAAGUCUUUCUUGAAUAAUGGAUUUCAAGCGUCUAUUGAAUGCAAGAAAGUACCUGUUAUAGACAGUCAUGAUCUUGAAUGGGCCUUUAACUUAACAAAGCAAAAUAUGCAAUCCAUGUAUAUUACCAGUGAAUGGGGCUGGGAUGAUAAAGAAAAAAAGGAAGAAAUGUUUGACAAGAAAGGAUGGUAUCUCAUCGCCCGUAAUGAUCAAAAUAUUCCAAUAGGAAUGGUUAGCUUUAGAUUUGAUAUAGAAGAAGGAGAUGCUGUCGUUUAUUGCUAUGAAAUUCAGCUUUCGCAAAGUAUUAGAGGCAAAGGGUUAGGAAAAUAUUUAAUGAAUAUUCUGAAAUUAUUGGGAACUAGAUCAAAAAUGGAUAAAGUAAUGCUAACCGUAUUCAAACGUAAGUACAGUAUAAUGCUGAACUUAGCGUUAUAA